UUGUGCGUGGUGACGAUGACGAGGGGACGACAUUUGGAUGAUUUCUUCUGUACGCCGCUGGUAAACUUUGGUACAUAUUUACAGAGUGGAAGAGUGACAUUAGAGAAUGUCAUAGAGAAGAUGAGUAUACGCACUGUAGUAUUUCAUCACUGUCAUCACUACCCGGCUGCGUCAGUUGUGCGUGCGGUGUUUAUGUCAACAACAAUGGCGACGACAGUCAAGAGCUACAGCAGCGAAGAUCCGCUCCUCAAGUACACGGUGGAUCAUUCCCUCAGACUGACAGACGUCCAGAAAAGGCUGAACGAGGUCACCUUCAAGCAUUCCAGAUACCAGAUGCUGGGCGCUCCUGAAGUGCUGCAGCUCAACGCCAACCUGAUUCAGGCCAUCGGUGGGAAGAAGGUGCUGGACGUGGGCGUGUUCACCGGGGCGAGCUCACUGUCGGCUGCCCUUGCCCUGCCGCCUGACGGGGAGGUGCACGCCUUGGACAUCACCGAGGAGUACCCCAGCAUUGGUAAGCCGUUCUGGGCCGAGGCUGGCGUGGCAGACAAGAUCCACCUGCACAUUGCGCCGGCCGGUCAAACCCUCCAGCGUCUCAUCGAUGAAGGUCACGCCGGAAGUUUUGACUUUGCCUUUAUCGACGCCGACAAGCCGGGCUACGACGAUUACUACGAGAAGUGUCUGGUGCUGCUGCGGCGCGGAGGUAUCAUCUCCUUUGACAACACAGUGCAAGCCGGCCGAGUCAUAGACCCCGACGACCAAAAACCUGCCACUGUGGCGAUCAGGAAACUGAACGAGAAGCUCCGAGACGACCAGCGCAUCAACCUGUCCUUCCUCAAGAUCGCUGACGGCCUCACGCUGUGCUUCAUCAAGUAGUGCUGCACGUCAGUACAUGGACAUCUUGUUCAGUAGCCUUUGGUGGAGUACCUUUCUUAAAUCAUGUUAUAACAUAAUCAUUCCGAUUAUCUUCUGGUUCACAAAUUUUGCUCUAAAAACUCAAUAUGUUAGCAAAGCAUAACUUACAUUCUGUGACUAUA